UAGCUAGGUGCAGAAAUUAAUCGGGCACCUGUUUCCGGUUCUGUUGCUCGGGUAAACAUCAUUUUAACUCGCAUACAACUGUUGGUAUUUAAAUUGAAAGUAUUUGCAAAACAAAAACAACACCACGAAAGCAUGUAAACGUACUCAACAAAUAAAUAGUUGCAGUGCCUUAAACUCAGUGAAAUGGCUACAGGUCAUAUAUUACCAGGCUAUGGCACUCCAGUCACUAGAUUAAAGAGAGCUCAAAGUGCCUUCCCUUUGGAUAGGACUAAACUUAAGGAAAUUGCAGAGAGAAACGUUGGUAAACUAGAGAGAAGAGAUUUGGAGAGUAUACGGGAGAAUGCUCGUAAUGCUUGGUUAGCUCCAAACUAUCAUCCAACCACUUAUAAUGCAUUUCAUCAUUAUUUACAACUGGAUGAGCCUACUGAACCUCGUCCUUCGUCACCAAGUAGACGUCAUAAACCUCACCCAAAACCCGUGUUCCUUAUAAAUCGUCUUCAUUAUGUGCCAGGCUACCACAACCCUGACACCACCGUUGGAAAGGAAGUCUUUAUGGUUGAUGACAGCUAUCCUGAAGAGGAGAGACAGCUGAGACGUCAUCAGAGGGAGAAAUUCAAGGCCAUACCACACAAUGGCGCCAUAGACCAGUACAACGAACCUUAUGCUGCCCUCACUGAAUCUGUUGGACCCGUAGAAGGAUGGGGAGCCCAGGCUUGGAUGAAAACUGCAGACGACAACUACCAACAUGAGGUUGUUAAUGCUAUUAGAGACUAUAGAGACAAGGAGCUGUUUCCCGUGCCAAAGUCACCAGCUCCACCUCCAAUCAGUGAUGCCACACCCCGACCACACACUGCCAUUCCCAGCAUGCAUCGGUGGAUGAAACAAGCAGGGGUCAAAGAAUCUGAAGAGGUGAGAAAGAUCCUGUAUGGGGGUUACCCUCCCAGCACUAUCCAGCCCCUGGGUAGCUAUGGCAACCCAUCAACGCUUGAACAACGACGGAACCAAAUGAUCGCCAAUGUCCGCAAGUCUCGCUAUGUUCACAAGCCCACACGUGGGGACUUUCUUAUACACCCCGAAUGGCCACCCACAUUCAUCCACCACCGAAUAGAUCCAAUAUAAAUCAUAGGUUUUUUUUUAAGUUGAAUUGGUUUUGGUUUAAACUUUUAAAUGUUUUUUUCUCAUACACCCAGAAUGUUGUCAACAUUCCACCACCACAGAUUUUUUUUAAUUCUAAGGAUUUUUGUUUCAGUUGAUUUCUUUUUGUUUUAAAAAUUUUAAAUGUCUGCCAUGUGUUUGACACCCAUUCCACUAACACUUAUCCAAUCCACUAAUCCUAGCAUACAACCAACACAGACAAAAUUAUUAUCUAAUAUGUAUUAGUUUUUCUUCUCAAUCAUUAUAAUUGGAAUUUUCUUUUGUUCAAGACAUGUUUUUCCUGUUGAACCCUGAGUGACCCCUGACAAGAAGAUACUGGUAAUUAAAAAGAAAAGAGGCACAGCAUACAUAUUGUUUAUUCAAAUAACUCAAAGAAUUGAUGAACAAUAAACCUUAAUGAAUGUAGAAUUUGAAGUUGUUAUCAUUGAAAUGGAUUCUUGUCUAAUUCAAGUUUUUGCUGAGGAAUUAACAUUUUUUUUACAUGUUUUUUGAGGAUUUUUUGUAAAAUAAAUAUUUCACCUUUUUAAAAAAAAAUUCUUGAAGAAUAGACUACUCUGAAUUGCAAUUCAAGAUCAGUUUUACAGAAUAUAUUACACCACUUAAAUGUAUGUUGGAAAUUUCUCCUGUUAAUAAUUAAAGUAAAUGGCAUAAUAAAUCUCUUUAGAAGAAUGAUGGUAAUUUUUAUAAAUGUAUUGAUAUUCAUAAUCAAAAUGCUUCUAUUGUGAACAAGUAAAUGAGUUGAAAUAAUACCAUUUUGUAGAAUUAGCAAGUUAUGUAUAUUCAGAUGCUGUGAUGCUUUUGGUCUGCGUAGAACAUUUUUUUAUGCCAAAAUGUUCUGUUAUUUCGGAAACUUUUAAUAUGAAUUGUUCCUUUAACCAAUUGUGUUUGUUAUUUUAUUUAAAUAAACCAUUGAGUGUUAGUUAUUAGUAUUUAAAAAAGGUGUUAUGCACGUAGCUGGUAGGAAAAUAGCUAUUUCUUGUCUUUUAAGUCGCAAACUCAUUUUUAUUUCAAUGUUAACCAUUACUCAAUGUUCAAGUAGGUAUGAAUAUUUUAUAAAACCAGUAUGUAGCAUGUGUCAACUAGUCUUGUUAUCUGUGGUAUUUCUUGUUUGUUGUCUUGUUCUGUGUUCUCUAAGGCAUUUGAAGCACUUUUUGUCAUCUUUGCACUGUUACAAACCUGUUGAAGUUGGUUUAUACAAACCUACAUUUUACAUUGCUAACAUUUGUUUACUAAUCUUUCUAUAACAAGACUGUGUGCCGCAAAGUCAGUCACAUAUAUUCUUGAGACAGAUGCAACGGCUUAUGUAAGAUUGUUGAUACUAAUUGCUUGUUUCUUUGAUGUAUUAACAUUAUUAGUAAUAUAAACAGUGCUUUUAAUUAAAUAAAUAACAAUCUUAUUUCAUAACCCAUUGUAAUUUGAAAUCGAAAUGUAUUAUUUUCAUGCAUCAUAUUUUUUUCACAUAUCAUAAUUACUGGUACUGUAACUGCCAUUCAACAUAAAGAUUUUAUGUUUGCUAAUAAUGAAUAGAUAGUUUAUGAAUUGUAUUUGAUUGUUACAAUAACUGUGUACACCUGAUUUAAGGCUUAACAUGUAUUUAGUAGUUUUGCAUAAUAUUUCCAAACAUGAUAUUUUAGUUUUCACUGAAUAAUUUGAAUGCUAUAUAUACAUUGUUUUGUUGAUAAAGCAGAAAUUACUAAUAUUUAUCAGCUAUUAUUAUGUAUACGCUACUGGUAUUUAAAUGGUGCGUUAUUACGCAUUAUAAGGUAUACUUAUCAGAUUAAUGCUUUAGAAGAAUAUCUAUUUCUGGAGUAUUAAAAUUAUAUUAUUUUCACGUACCUUUGUAAGAAAUCGUUCUGUGAAAAAUCUUUGUGUAAGUAUUUUACUCAUGAAUUCGAACUUUCAUGACAAAACACCACCAACUGAAAAAAUGAGCUGGAGCUGUAAAGCUAGUCUGUAAUUUUGAAUGUUUAUUAUUGCAAUCAUGUUGACGGAGUCUUUAUCAAGUGUUAUUUGUAUUGGCCUCUUUUAAUCAAACAUUGUUUCUACUUCAAACAUGUUCGAGACACCCUAUUGCGUUUGACACAAAAUAUUGUUGGUUGUUAUUGUUUUUAAAACAAACAGACACUGGUUUGUUGUUAGCUCACCUGAGCACAACGUGCUCAUGGUGAGCUUUUGUGAGCGGCUUUUGUCCGUCGUGCGCAGUCAACAUUUGCCUUGUAAACACUCCAGAGGCCACAUUUAUUGUCCGAUCUUCAUGAAACUUGGUCAAAACAUUUGUCCCAUUGAUACCUCGACUGAGUUCGAAACUGGGUCAUGCUGGGUCAAAAACUAGGUCACUAGGUCAAAAAAAGAAAAACCUUGUGAACACUGUAGAAGUCACAUUUGAUGCCCAAUCAUCAUGUAACUUUGUCAAAAUGUUUGUCUAAAUGAUAUGUUGGUUGAAUACAAAAAUGGUUCCGGUCCCUUGAAAAACAUGGCCGCCAGGGGGCGGGGCAGUAUUCCUUAUAUGGCUAUAUUCUCACCUUGUGAACACUCUAGAAGAUGCCCUACAUCAUGAAACUAGGUUAAAACAUUGGUUUUAUUGAUAUCUCGGACGAGUUCAAAAAUGGUCCAGAUCGGUGAAAAAAAACAUGGAUGCCAGGGGGCGGGGCAGUUUUCUCUAUAUGUAUAUAGUGAAAACAUGUGAACACUCUAGUCACAUUUUUGGUCCAAUCUUCAUAAAAUUUGGUCAGAACAUGUGUUUUCUGGAUAUGACGGCUGAGUUCGAAAAUGGUCCAGAUCGGUGGAAAAACAUGGCGGCCAGGGGGUGGGGCAGUUUUCUCUAUAUGUAUAUAGUGUGAACAGUCUAGUUGUGAUAAGCCAUAAUGUUAAAGAAAGAUAACCUUUACAUACUUUCUAAUAGUUAACUAAUAGUUAAUUCCCUUGUAUAAACCUGGGACUUCUUUCAUUAAAUGUGGUGUACAUAAAGACAGUAGUUUGCAUGCAAUUUAAUAAACCUAUGUCAUUAAAUAACUGUACAUGUACUAAUGCACUGUAGAGCCUUAUCUUUGAUCUUUACUGAUAAGCCAAAUUAACGCUCGAUUGGUCAUUGUCGGCUUGGGUACUACUUACAUGUACCCCGGGUACUCUUUAGUAUACUUACAUGUACCCCGGGUACGGAAAAUAUACUUAAUCGUACCCGGUCGAUAUUAGACUGUACCCGAAUAGUAUUUCCUCCCCAAAUCGGAUGUUGUAAAACGCGCUUUCGAUUAACUUAAACAAACUUCUCUUUACAAAAACUGCAUCAACAUGCUUUUUGAGUAUGAGUUUCGAUAAUAGAGAGGCCAUAUUACAGAAAAUUGAUAUAAAUGUCAAUAUAAUUAAAAUUUGAAAAAAAUAGCCGACAACGACUGAUUAAGCGUCAAAUUUCCCGCGUACGUUUUAGUAUAUUUACCGUACCCGGGGUACAUGUAAGUAUACUUAAGAGUACCCGGGGUACAUGUAAGUAGUACCCGAGCCGACAAUGACCAAUCGAGCCAAAUUAACCUACUGUGUUUUGGUGUAUUUAGCAGACUACUGCGCUAUGAAACUGUUUCCAUGGCAACCUUGUUAUUUGGCAUUUUGUAAAUUAGAAGGACUCUUUUGAUUGAAAUAACUUUUGUAAAUUCUUCUUAUUUUUUACAUUUGAGUCACUGGAGUUUUGCACUCUCCAUAAAUUGUGUUCUUUAGAUUAAGUUAGACUUAUUUUAUAAACUAAAUUUUUGAAGCAACUUCUAGACUAACAGUAACUAAUAUUUAUCGUUUUUUUUGACAGAUUGUGAAAUUCUUUUUACAUUCAUUAAGGUAUUUGCUGUAUUUGUUCAUUUUUAACGAUGCAUAGAUUCUUUAGACUAAAGUUAGUUAUUUUCAUUAAAGCUGCUUUGGUUUUCACUUAUAGAUUAAUUCUUUGAGUGUAUUUAGGUGUAUCUGACUGGACGUCUUUAGUUAAUUGAAUUACAACCAGUAAGUGUGUUAGAAAUAAGCGUUCUUUAAUUAGACUCGAUAAAUAUUUCCGUAUUACAUAAGUGCUCACAAAGUUCCAUAACUCGUAACCAUCCCGUGACCGGUUCACUUGCGUAAGCGAACAAGACCGCCCUACCACAGUUGUUUAUAGUAAAACAUUGUGAAUACUUUUAGUCACAUGUUUAGUUCAAUCUAAAUGACACUUGCUGAUCUUCACACAUGGUGACAAUCUUUAUGAGCAUAAUAUUUUUUGCUCAUGGUGAACUUUUGUGAUCACCUUUUGUCAAUUGUCUGUCUUCCGUUGUGCGUCAUGAAUUUUUGCCUUGUUAACACUGUAGAGGCCACAUUUAUUGUUGGAUCUUCAUGAAACUUUGAAGAAGAUUUGUCCCAAUAAUAUCUUGGACGAGUUCAAAAAUGGUUCCAGUCUGUUGAAAAACAUUUCCGCCAUGGGGCCAUUUGUUGUUCAUUCUUCAUGAAACUUGGUUAGAACAUUUGUUCUAUUGAUAUCUUGGGCUACAAAGAACAGGUCAUUUCUUUUUAUCUCAGGUGAGCGACUUUGGGCCUUUGAGGCCCACUUGUUUUUGUUGAUUCCUAUUUUAAUCUGAUAUUUCACCCACUGUUGUCAAAAUACGUUGGAGUUGCUAGAUAAUUUGUUGUUUUGCUUUACUAUCGUUUUAUUAGAAGCAGACUGUGAUAUGCCUGAUUAUUCUUUGAAAUAAAGUCAAUUUAACUCCA